AUGAGAAACAAUGCUCUUCUUACUUCAGUAGAAGUCACUGCCCCUCUUAAUAUCCAAACUUGUUUCCUUCAAGAAACACCAAAAACAAAAAUCGUUCAAACGAAAGACUUCAUCAUUUCUAAGUUAUUUCCAAAACCCACGCGUGCUAUUUUUUUCUCACAAAUGUUAUUACCGGAAUCGGUUCUAACAUUCCAAUACACUGCUUUUAAACAAGUCACACCACAAAACAUUUCAAUGUAUUUGUUACAAGGAGAAAAGGAAUUUCAAAGGUUCCAACUUGGGUUGAUAGUCUCACCUAUUUACUACAUAGAGAACUCCCCAAUGAAUCACAGCACUUUUGAGUUAACCAACUUCGACUUUCGAGAUCUCUACUACUUCGCCUUUGAGACGUUCAGCGAGAACACAACGGUGUCAAUGUCACUGAACAUCGGAUUCUCACAGUUUUAUGUUGAAGACAGUACUAAAGAAGAGUGCGCAUAUGGUAACACACGGCACGACUUUGUCGCUGGUGAGGUGAUGGUGACUACUAACACUCAAGACAUCUAUUCUUUAGUUAGACUCGAUUUCUCUGGGAAGUUUGUUUCUAUCUAG